UGGCAACGGACGGCAACAGCUCCAGACUCCAGCGGCGCAGACCGAAAGCUGGCGGCCUGGAGCAGGGUAAGCAAACAAAAUAACUAACAAUGACAAGUAGAAGACUUGAGGAGUCCAUGGGGGCUGUUCAGAUGGGAUUAGUCAAAAUACUCAAAGGAUUCCAAAGCAAGGUUUCACCACCCCUGAGUCCAAAGAUGGUCACGGAAGAGGAAGUAAGCCAAAUGCUGACACCCUCAGAGUUCCUGAAGGAAAUGACCCUGACUACACAGCAGAAACUGGCAAAUACACAUUUCACGUGCCGACCACAGAUCAUAGAACUCUUAGAUAUGGAGGAAACAACACAUCAAAAGUUUUCCGGAGUUGACUUGGAUCAGGCAUUAUUCCAGCCCUUCCCAUCAGAAAUCACAUUCCAGAACUACAUUCCCUGUGAAGUCUAUGAAGUUCCACUGGUUCUGAGGAACAAUGAUAAAAUUCCAAGAAUGGUGAAAAUCGUUGAGGAAAGUUCACCUUACUUUAAGGUCAUCAGCCCCAAAGACAUUGGCCACAAAGUAGCUCCUGGAGUGCCAUCUGUUUUCCGAGUCCUCUUCACUCCAGAGGAGAACAAGGAUUACGCCCAUGUGUUGACCUGUGUUACUGAAAGAGAAAAGUUUAUUGUACCCAUCAAAGCUAGAGGUGCACGAGCCAUCCUGGAUUUUCCCGACGAGCUGAAUUUUUCCACUUGCCCUGUCAAAUACAGCACUCAAAAGAUUCUAUUGAUACGAAACAUUGGCAACAAAGAUGCUGUUUUUCACGUCGAAACUCAUAGGCCUUUCUCUGUGGAGCCAGCUGAUGCAACUCUUACUGUGGGAGAAUCCCUGCAACUGGAAGUUGAUUUUGAACCACAGAGCGUGGGCGAUCACAGUGAAAGACUUAUAGUGUGUUAUGACACAGGUGAGAAAAUAUUUGUAUCUCUCUAUGGAGCUGCCACAGACAUGAAUAUAAGACUGGACAAGAACUCCUUGACCGUGGAGAAAACCUACAUCUCGCUGGCCAGUCAGCGGACUGUAACCAUCCACAACCGCAGUAACAUCAUUGCCCAUUUCCAGUGGAAAAUAUUUGCCACCCAAGAAGAGGAGGACAGAGAAAAGUAUAGGAUCUGUGAAGAGUUGACCAAGGAGGAAAAGCAGGAGACUGAUGAAUUUCUUGAAGAGUGCAUUAUUGAUCCUUCUCUCCGAGAACACCUCUCCAUUCUGUCCCGCACCUUUGAGAAUCAGAGGAAGCUGGUUCAGGGAGACAGCAUGCUCUUCUUGAAUAGCAUUUUCACCAUUGAGCCCCUGGAAGGUGAAGUCUGGCCCAACUCAUCAACUGAAAUCACUGUGUACUUUAAUCCUGUAGAGGCCAAGAUCUACCAGCAGACCAUUUACUGUGAUAUUUCAGGCCGAGAGAUCCGUCUCCCGCUCCGAAUCAAAGGGGAAGGAAUGGGACCUAAGAUUCACUUCAACUUCGAAUUGUUGGAUAUUGGGAAAGUUUUCAUCGGAUCCAUACAUUGUUACGAGGCUGUACUGUCCAACAAAGGCAGCAUCGAUGCCCUCUUCAAUGUGAUCCCUCCAACGUCGGCUUUGGGAGCCUGCUUUGUUUUCAGUCCCAAAGAAGGCAUCAUCGAACCAAGCGGAGUCCAAGCUGUCCAGAUCUCAUUCAGUUCUGGCAUCCUGGGGCACUUUGAAGAAGAGUUCCUGAUCAAUGUUAACGGGGCACCUGAGCCUGUGAAACUGACCAUUAGAGGCUGUGUCAUUGGACCUACCUUCCAUUUUAAUGUUCCUGCUCUGCACUUUGGUGAUGUUUCCUAUGGAUUUCCUCAUACUUUGAUGUGUUCCCUCAAUAACACAUCUUUGGUCCCCAUGACCUUCAAACUGCGCAUCCCUAGGGACGGCAAUGACUUGAAAAGUACCCCAAGUUGUGAGCAGGCUUCAAACAAGAGACUGCCUGGGACCAGUGAAGAAAUACACACAGUGAAACCAAAAGAAUUCACCAUCACCCCCACCUGUGGCACCAUUCGCCCCCAGGGAUUUGCUGCUAUCAAGGUGACUUUAUGCUCCAACACUGUGCAGAAAUACGAGCUGGCACUGGUUGUGGACGUGGAGGGCGUUGGGGAAGAGGUGUUGGCUCUCUUAAUCACAGCCAGGUGUGUUGUACCGACCAUCCAACUAGUGAAGACAGAGGUGGACUUCGGGCUCUGCUUCCUGAAAUACCCAUAUGAGAAAACUAUCCAGCUUGUCAACCACGAUGCUCUCCCAGGAUGCUAUGAGGUGCUACCUCCGGUGUGUGAGGACCCACUGGCUGUGCUGCUUUCUAUCCCCUCGCCCUCCGGGGUCAUCCCCCCCAACAGCACUGUGCACAUACCACUGGCCCUGGAGAGCCAGGUCACCGGAGAGCACAGGGCCACAAUUUACAUCUCUGUCUUCGGAAGCCAGGACCCUCCUUUGGUCUGUCACUUAAAGAUCACUGGACAAGGCCCAGUUAUCUUCGUGCAUCCCACUCAGAUUGACUUUGGCAGCAUCUAUGUCCUACAGGAUUCUUCCAGGAUUCUCAACCUGUCUAACCAGUGCUGCAUUCCUGCAUUUUUUCGGGCACGCAUGGCAAACAAAAAAUCCCUUUGGACGAUUGAACCCAAUGAAGGCACAGUUCCUGCGGAAGCUAAUGUUCCCCUGACACUCACUGCCAACCUGAAUGACAUUCUGACGUUCAAGGACACAGUCAUUUUGGACAUUGAAAAUAGCAACAGCUAUCAGAUUCCUGUCCAGGCUUCAGGAAUUGGUUCUACCAUUGUUUCAGAUAAGCCUUUUGCUCCAGAACUUGAUUUGGGAGCACAUUUUUGUCUGGAUACCUAUUAUUACCGCUUCAAGUUGACCAACAUGGGACGUCGGAUCCAACAGUUGCUCUGGAUGACUGAUGGUUACCGUCCCCAGAACAAGCUGAACAAGAAGGGACAGACUACAAAGGGACCUGCUUGUCCUUUCCAGCCCCAGGGCUCCCAGGAGCCCAGGGAUCCAGCAAGUCCAGUGUUUCAGAUUCAUCCCAUCAGGAUGGAGUUAUACCCACGCCAGACAAUCGAUGUGGUUCUAGAAGGCUACUCUGCAACUCCCAAGGUAGUCAAAGAAAAGCUGGUGUGUCGCGCUACGGUUGGCACAAAGAAGGGGAAAAGCUUGCUGAUGACCGUGGAUAUCAUCUGUGAGUUUGUAGCACCGCUCAUCCUGCUGUCUACCAGACAACUCAUUUACCGACUGGAAAAGAAACCUAACACUAUCCUGGAACCUGAUUACCAGCCCUUGGUCAUAAAGAACAUUUCCACCCUCCCUGUGAACAUACUGAUCUCAACAACUGAGCCCUUCUUUCUUUGUGAGACUGAUAAAUCCCUGCUGCCUUCCAUGCCUGAGCCUAUUAAACUGGAUGUUUAUGAAGCAAAAAACCUGCUGGUCAAAUUUGACCCAACCUACAGAAAUGAUCUAAACAACUGGGUGGUGGACGAAGUCCUAGAGAUUAAGUAUGUGGAACACCCUCAGAUCGACAGCCUGAACUUGCGUGGGGAAGUCUUUUACCCCAACCUCAGCUUUGAGAUGACAGAGGUGGACUUCGGCUGCAUCUUGAAUGAUACCGAAGUUGUCCGCCACAUUAUGAUCACCAACACCAGCCCCCUGCCUGUGAAGUUCCGCUGGCUCUUCCUUGUGACCAAUGAGGAAAUUCAGAGAAGGAUUUGUAGAUUCUUGACGUGGCCGAAGAAGCUCUCCACUGCCCCCACAUCCCAGACAGAGUCUGUCUCCCCAGGCUCAAGGCCUGCCAGCUUGCCAUCAAUCCCAGCUAUGCUCAAGUCUGCAGAUACGUAUUUAAGUGAUUCUAUUAAGAAUUCCCUGAUGAAUGAAGAUGUUGGGCCUGAAGAAAAAGAACUGGAAAAAUUCAGAGCAUCCACCCUGAUCUCAGACGAAAGAAAACCUAACUCUUCUUCAACAGAAAGCAGCCAAAGCCAGCUGGAGUUUGAGGAACCCCUAUGGAUCUUUCAAGAGGAGUUGGUUUCCAUGGGGAUCGAAGAAGUGUUUGACAUUUUGCCCCUCUAUGGAACCCUCCGGCCAUACAGCAGCCACCAAAUAUCUUUCACCUUCUAUGGACACUGUGACAUCACUGCAAAGGCCAAAGCUCUGUGUGAAGUGGAAGGCGGGCCCACCUAUGAAAUAACACUGAGGGGACAGGCUUCCAUGAUCAACUAUUCCUUUGACACCAAGGAAAUUAACUACGGGCCACAGCUGUUCGACCAAGUCACAGAGCGUGAGAUUACACUGAAGAACACUGGAAAAGUUGGCUUCGAGUUCAAGGUGCUGGCUGACUACCAGUAUUUCCCAGUCAGCCUUCUCCCUGGGGUGCCACGGAUUGUGCCCAUGUCGGGUUUUAUCAGCUCAUAUAAAGAGCAAGUAUUGAAAGUUUACUAUUUACCUGGCAUACCUGAGGUCUUUCAAAGGAGCUUCCAGAUACAGAUCGCCCACCUGGACCCAGAAAAUAUUACUCUGAGAGGAGAGGGAAUCUUUCCCCGGAUCUGCCUGGAUCUCCCCAGGAACCUCAAAGGCAAUGAAAAAUAUAAAGCCUUCUUGGAUCUGGCCAGAAAAAAUAUAGAUAAAGAGAACAACAAAAAUGAAACCCAAGAGCAGUCUGAGAUGGUAAUUGAGGAAGUGCCUGAGGAUGAAUCUUCCGAGUUAUGUGCUUACCUCCAGAUGGAAGUAGACCAACUUAUAGUCCAAGCCUAUGCUCUAGAACAACAGAAAACAAAUAACCCCGAUCCCACAGAGAACACCUGCUUCAGCUACUGGAGUCGUCGCAAACUAACCAAAGUCCAUCUGCCAGAGUACAUCCUGGACUUCGGCUACAUUAUCCCUGGAGAGGUGCCCACUCACAUCAUCAAGAUUACCAACACCAGUCAGUUUCCAGUGUCCUUCCAUGCAGAAAGGCAUGUCCUUCAUGACACAGGCUUCAGUAUUGAGCUAGAUCGUGUAAAGAAUCUGCCUUACUGUGAAACAGAAACAUUUGAAGUGAGAUUUGAUCCACAAGGAGCUAAUCUUCCUGUGGGAAAUAAAGAAGUCUUACUGCCCAUCAAGGUGGUUGGAGGCCCAACGGUUCACCUCUGUCUCCGAGCUAAGGUGAUCGUCCCUACUAUGACACUGUCUUGUGGAACAGUGGAAUUUGCUACAAUUCAGUGUGGACAGUGCAUGGUGGAAACGAUUCAGCUUUCCAAUCAUCUCCAAGUCCCUUGUGAAUGGUUUGUCCACACUCCAAAGCCUGUUAAAAAGUCGCAGAUACACAUACCAAAGUACCUAAGACGGAAACUCUGUGCUGAAAUAAAGCCAAAGUCUCAGAUCUUUGAGAUCCAGCCCAUGUCUGGAAUCUUGGAUCCUGCUGAGAUGGUCAAUGUGCAAGUGAAAUUCAUGCCAAAAGAAGAGAAAUUCUACAGCCAAACCCUGACAUUCCAGAUUUCCCAGAGCCCUCAAAAGCUCACACUGCAGGUACAUGGGCAAGGUCUGGAGCCACGCCUGGAAUUUAAUCCUUCGGUUCUGGAACUGGGACCAUUGCUUCCUCUUGCCACUGGAGAUGAGGCCGAGGUGAUAGUGAAGAAUCCCUGCAACUUUCCAAUUGAGUUUUACUCCUUAGAAUUUGAUCAGCAAUAUCUCUUAGAGGAGAAGAUUUUGCGACAGCUGAAAGGCUAUGACUCCGUCAAUACCCUGCUGCUGCCACCUCGCAACCCAGGGGAGAAGCUGCCCCCAGAAUUGUAUGAGUACUUUAGAGAGCUGAAGAAGUCUAAAGAAGAGCAGAUGAAGGCAAAAUACCUGGAGAAUCUGGGACAGGAUAAUGAAUCGGAAGAGCUGAACACGUCGGGAGGCUCCACUAGCACAAAGAGGACCUCAAUCAGCCAAGGGAUGUCUGUCACAUCCUACUUUGAAGAGCGGCACAACCUUCUGACAGAGUCCAGAGCCUACACAGAUGAAGAUGAGGAUGAAGACAGCUUGGAAAAAUUAAUAUUUCAAAUUGCUGCUGAAAAGGUUCAGAGGAGCCCCAGCCACUCUACAGAGGAAGUUGCAGAAGUUGAAAACAACCCAGUAAGCAAAGCAAUCGCUCGCCACCUGGGCAUUGACAUCUCUGCAGAAGGCCGCAUGGCCAAGACCCGGAAAGGCAUCGCCAUUAUCAUCCAUGGGACACCCUUGUCAGGAAAGACGGCCAACGCUGUCAGCAUAGCCAAGUACUACAAUGCAGCCUGCUUGAGCAUUGACUCUGUUGUCCUGGAAGCCAUAUCUGACAGCAGCAGUAUCCCUGGGAUCCGGGCCCGUGAGCUGUGCAUCAGAGCCACCAUAGAGCAGUCCAUAAAGGAAGGAGAGGACUCUACCCAGGAGGCUUCUGGGGGCCAAAGUGCCACAGUGCAGUCACGACAGAGCAGUGAGAAUUUGGGCAAGUUCACCUCAGAAAUCACUCUGGUGACCCCGGACAGUAAACCUGGAAGGAGCAUGCGUGGGAGCAUGUUAUUCUCCAAAAGCAAGCCAGAGAGCCAUGGUUCUGGGUCACAGAAGCAGCACCACCAGCACCAAUCUGAAACACCACAGGUCCCCUCCAGCCCUCUGCUGGGGCCGACCCAACGCCGGCUCAGUGUCAGUGCCAGUAUCGGAGGAGAGACGGGGCUGACGAGCUGUGUGUUUCCCGAUGAGCUUCUGACACAGAUCUUGACCGAGAGGAUACAGCUGAGCGACUGCUACCGAGGCGUGGUGUUUGAUGGCCUCGACACGCUCUUUGCGCGGAGCGCGCACGCCGCCCUCCUCUGCCUGCUGAAGGCCAUCGGCAGCCGGGAGCACAUCUACGUCCUCAACAUGGCCCAGGAUUACACGGCCAUGAAGGCCCAGGAGAAGGCCAGAAAGGAGCAGGAAGAAAACAAACGCAAGAAAGAGCUGGAGAAAGAGAAGAUGCGUCUCCAAAACAUGGAUGAGGAGGAAUAUGACGCCUUGUCAGAGGAAGAGAAAAACAGGUUCGACCGAGAGAUUCAGCAGGUGCUCCGAGAGAGGAAGAAGAGAGAGCUGGAGCGACUGGCCAGAGAGAUGCAAGAAAAGAAGCUACAGCAGGAGCUUCUGCGACAGAAGGAAGAAGAUGAGCAGAAAAAAAAGAUCAAGAAGCCCAAGCAAGGCCCGGUAAAGGAGGAGCCUCCCGCAAAGAAACCGCAAGCAGCAAACAAGCCGGCUUCUGCACCCACCAAACCUGUGGUCAAAACAGACUCGUUAGAAAGGAAAGUUUCUGUUAGGGAGCAAGCAACCCCUGAGAAGGAAGAAGCAGGCAAGAAAAAGAAAGCCAUGGGCGAUACCAGCAUACCUGGGGCUCCUCUUGCCCAGGAGCAGCAAGAGGACAGUGAAGGGGACUUUCAAAAGGACAUUGUUGACAAGCAACUGACCCAGAAGUUCAAGGCCUACGAGCUGACUCUGAAGGACAUCCAGACCACCCUCGCGUACUGGGACCGGAAGCAGGGCAUUCAGCUGCCUCCCCAGGGCAUGGACGAGGUGCCCCACGAGCAGGAUGACCAGCGCCAGGUUCCUUCCGCUGGCGGGCGGCGGGGCCGAAAGGACAGGGAGAGGGAGCGCCUGGAGAAGGAGCGGGCAGAGAAGGAGCGCCUGGAGCGGGAGAAAGCCGAGAGGGAGCGCCUGGAGAAGCUGCGGGCCAUGGAGGAGCGGAGCGAGGAGGGGGAAGCGGAAGAGGAUCACGAGGGGAAGAAGGACAUAGGGGUGCCCUUCAUCAGCAUCCAGACUCCCGACUUCGAAGGCUCGAGCUGGAAGCAGGCCCUGGAGAGCGAUAAGCUUCCCAAGGUGGACCAGAUCCUGGACAUCUUGGGUCUGGGAUCCUCUGGCCCACCCAUUCCACCUCCUGCCUUGUUCUCCAUUGUCUCAUACCCUGGGAAGCGGCCACCCCUGGUCCCUACAGAAGUUCUCAAACUCUUCGUGUUUGUGGUCCCACCGGUCGACGACCUCUCCCUAAUGGACGAGAAAAAAGAAAUGGAUGCAGAAUCAGAACAGUCCACCACCAUCCCCCUGUCAGCAAAGGCCCAGGAGGAACAGGCCAUCUCAUCAAAAUCAAGCAGACAGAAAUUGAAAGAAAAACCUGAACCAAUUCGAGAGACUCAGAAGGAGAAACGUCGCAUGACCUUUGGCAAGAAAGUCCCUCCAGGGGGAACUGCUGGAACCAUUGCUCCCCUGGCAGACACAGACCAGAACAACUUGGGCAUGCAGUCCUCCCAGGAGAAAUUUGUCAGGCUGACUUACUUUCGGUGGAUCGUGCCAGCCAAUGGAGAGGUGACACUGCGAAUCCACUUCUCUUCUAGUAAUGUCGGGAACUUUGACCAGACUUUUAACUUUGAGAUCCUUGGAACUCACCGGCAAUACCAGCUUUAUUGCAGAGGUGUCUGCACUUACCCAUACAUUUGCCAAGACCCAAAAGUGGUGUUUCCUCAUCGGAAGCUGGACAUGAAAGAAAAUGAGGUCAUCUUUAAGAAGUAUGUUAUGAGCAUGGAGAGGUUUUUCUUUGGGCCACUGCUUUGUGGAAAAUCAAGAGACAAGUACAAAUCAUCCUUGUUCCCAGGCAACAUGGAGACCCUGACAAUCCUGAACAAUUCCCCCAUGCCGGUGGAGGUAUACUUCUGUUUCCAGAAUGAUGUCAAAGCAAGCACCUAUUUUCUGGAGCCUGUCAACAUGAGUCUGAAGCCAAAUGAGAGGCAGAUACUAACUAUCUGGGCCUACCCUACUGGAAUCGGAGUCUUUGAGGACAACAUUGUCUGCUGCAUCAAGGAGAACCCAGAGCCAGCUAUCUUCAGACUGAGCUGCCAGGGAAUUCGCCCAGAAUUAGAGCUGGAACCCAGGCAACUGCAUUUUGAUCGGCUCUUGCUGCACAGAAGAGAAUCCCGAGCAGUUGUCCUCCGCAAUGUCACGCCCCUGCCCGUGGCCUGGAGGGUCACCAGUCUGGAGCACCUGGGCGAAGACUUCACGUUGUCCGUGACGCAGGGACUCAUCCCCGCCGCGGCAGAGUACAGCCUGCACGUGCACUUCCAGCCCUCCAAACCUGCCAACAUCAAGAAGCCCUUUCGGCUGGAGGUUUUAGAUGCAGACAAUCUCAUUGGAGUUGUGCAGAUUGAAACUAUCCUGAUCUUUGCAGAAUCCUAUGACAUUGCCCUGGACAUCACCUUCCCCAAAGGAGCUGAAGGAGGCCUGGACUUCGGGAUUGUGAAGGUCAUGGAGGACCUGAAGCAGCCCCUUCAACUGAAGAACCGCGGGAAGUAUGAAAUCAUGUUCAGCUUUCUUGUGGACUCUGUAGGGAUUCUGACAAACAAUGUCAGUUCUAUGAUCUCAGUCAUACCCCAGAGGGGUUCACUGUCUGCAACAGACAAGCCCACAAAUGUCCAGGUAUUCUUUCGUGCAAGAAAGGAAGUGAAGAUUGAGCAGCAGCCCAUUCUGCGCUGCCAGAUUAUUGAACCUAAUCUUGCAGAAGGGGGUGAGAUCAUUGCCAGCAUCCCAAUUAAGAUAUCUGUGACCGCAACGUAUUCCAAAUUCAACAUCAGCCCCUCCUCCAUCAUCAACUUCGGGGCUUUGCUGAGCGGCACUCGCAAGAGCUCCACCAUCAGCAUAGAAAACCAAGGUGUCACGGACUUCAAGUACGCCCUCUACAGGCUGACGGGGGAGAGCCCCAUUCAUCAAAAGAAAGGAACCGGCCACUUUAGACCCACAAGAAACCGGGAAAGCGAAAACUUCCUCAAGACUAAGUCAGCCAAGUUCUCAGACUCAGUUCAGAAAGAAACAAACAUCACAAGCCAGGCCCGCUUUUCCCAUGGUAUGUUCACCGUGUACCCUGGGUUCGGCUCCGUUUCUCCCGGAGGACAGCAGAUUAUCACCGUUGAUUGUGUGGCUGACCCCGUGGGAAAGUGUGAGGAGUUUUUAGCCAUCGAUAUCUCCGACCGAGACCCCAGAGAGUAUCCGGCUGGCAUUCCUUAUACUCUGCUUGCUGAAGCCUGCCUACCAGCCUUUGUGACCGACAACUAUGCCUCAAUAUUUGAGGAGCACCACAUCUGCACCAGUCUCAACCUGCAACACAUCCUGGAGACCACAGAGAGUGGGGGGCUGUUUGUGGAGGACGAGAACAAGUUCAUCUUCUGCAAUAUCCUGGUGGGCCAUCAGGCCAAGGCUCGGUUUAAGAUCAGCAACGUGGGCAAGAUUCCCUGUGACGUCAACCUCGUAGUUAAGCCCCUCUCUAACAAGCCUGUUGCCCGCAUCACUGACAUCUUUGAAGUGGAACCCAACAAGAUGUGCGUAGCCAGUCGCUCAAAUGCCUUCGCCACAGUGUUGUUUACCCCACAAGCCAUGCAGAGUUACCAGUGUGUCUUGGAGGCUACCUUGGAUGGCUUGCCCAGUAACGUGGCCAGAAAUCGGGGCCUCGUGUUUGAUAUUGUUGGUGAGGGGACUCUCCCUCGAGUGACCGUCGUGAAGCCAAUUCUCUAUAACCAACAUGGAAACCCUUUGCUCCUCUUCAAGAGGCUUCUGCUUGGUCAUUCAGAGAAAUUGCCUCUCAUCCUCAAGAACAAUGGUGCCAUUCCUGCCCAGGUGCAUGUGGACCUGCGAGACCAACUAGGAGUCUUCUCCCUGAAAGGGAGGCCCACCACCUCCUACAUCUAUAUCAUUGAGGAAAACAAACCAGAAGAAAAAGCAAUAAAAGCUCACACGGCUUCCCUGAUUGUUUCUCCUGGAAACACAGCUGAAUUCGAUGUCUGUUUCCAUUCCCACAAAGUUGGGAGAGUGACAGGCAUCAUUCAUCUGUCAGUGAUUGACAACCAGUAUGAGGAGACCCUCAUCCACCUGGUGGGAGAGGGCUACAAGGACGACAUCACCUUGGACAACAUCCGUGGGCUGGUGGCUUCCACCAACGAAGAGGCCUCAAAUAUUUCUGAGAUCAUAGAGGUCACCGAGGAAGACACCAUGGAUAACUUGCUGGCAGCUGCUCUUAUGGACCACAUCCAGUUUGGGGACUGCCACAUUGGAAACAGCUAUACCGCAAGCUUCACAAUCACUAACCACAGUCAAGGGAAUGUGGUACGGUUCGAAUGGCCACUUUUGGCUACCGUUUCUUUCUCCCCACAGAUAGGCCACCUCCACCCUGGCUGUGCUAAGAACAUAGUGCUGACCAUGAAGUCUGAGGUGCCUGUCACUCUGAAGAAGAUGAACAUCAAGUGCAAGCUCUCCAAGAUCAUGUUUCAGCUCCCUGAAGACCAGGUCCCUGACUGGGAUGACCGCAUGCGCACAGUCAAGUGGGUGGAUGUGCCCCGAAACACACCAGGAGCCCUCACUACAAAACGAAAAGUGAUAGAGACAGAUCCUGAGCCCGUCCACUCAAUAAUAGAAGAAAACUACCGAGAGCUACAGAUUCAGAUCAGUGCCAAUGUGAAUUAUGCUUCAUACCAAUGCCAAAAGAAUGACGUGUGCUUUAAGGAAACACUGGUUCACCAGACUCGAGUGUUUGAGUUUGACCUGGUUAAUUCUGGAAAUGUGCAGCUAGAAUUCAACUGGGGCUCAGAUGAUGCUACAAAGGCAGUCAGCUUUGCCAAGCUAGGAAACCAAGGUUUUUCUCAAAAAGAGCAAAUUAGUCAGGUCACAAUCAGCACCGUGGACAGCGGCAUGGACCACUGGCCUGAUAGUUCCUUAUCACCCUUCUCUGUGGAGCCCUCCUCAGGCAUUGUGCCUGUGGGGAAGACUCAGAAGAUCAAAGUGAAAUUCUCCCCACUGGACACUGGAUUCUUCGAGAGCAAUCUUGUCUGCCAGAUCCCCAAUCUACCACCUGGAGAGCAAGGCCCUGUCCUGGUAACAAAAGGGCAGAGCUUCUUGUCCAUCUGCCAUUUUGACCUGAGAGACUCAGACUACAUCCGUGAACAUCAGCAUAACUCAGACCUCCGAGCAUCUGGCACAGCGCCUUUGGACCCAAACACCAGGGUGAUUGAAUUCAACGCUGUGGGCAUAGGAGGAAAGAAUCUCAAGACUUUCACGAUCCUGAACCCAACCAAUGAUAGCUACUCCUUCUGCUGGAUCUCUGAAGAAUGUGAAAGUCUCCAGAACCCUUCAGCCUUUGCAUGCCUUACAGAGAAGGGAUCCAUCCACCCUGAAAAGAAAGCUGAAAUUGUGUUCCAGUUCACACCUUCCCAUCUGGACAUCACAGAGGCCUUAUGGACUUUCUUAAUCCCUGAACAUAAUAUCUCAGUGCCUUUCCUGCUGGUGGGUAGAGCGACUGAGCCUGUCAUCUCUCUGAAUAAGUCACACCUCAACUUCCAUGCUCUCCUCAUUGGCAGAGAAGCCAAGGAGAACGUGCAGAUCAUCAACAAGGAGGAGCAGGGCUUCAAUUUUGCCUUCCAGGACAACUCCCGAUAUUCUGAAGGUUUCAACAAUAACCUGGUUGUGAGCCCCAUGGAAGGAUGGAUUCCACCACAGUCCAGGAUCCCAAUUGAAAUUUUCUUCACACCAAAGCAGGAAGGAGAUGUGAACUUUAAUUUGAUCUGCAAUGUGAAAAAGAAAGCCCAGCCUCUGACGUUAAACAUCAAGGCUGAGAGCUAUUCCAUGAAUGCAGAGGUCAAGUGCAGGGACAGUACUGGCUGCAUCACUCUCUUGACACCCAACCAGACCAACAUCAUCAACUUCUAUGAGGUGGAGUUAAAUGAAUCUGUCCAGUGUGAAUUCAACUUUAUAAACACCGGAAAAUUCAGCUUCAACUUCCAGGCAGAACUUUCUGGACCCAAAGCCCUGUUACAGUACUUGGAAUUUUCACCCACUGAUAGCAACGUGGAUACAGGGCAGAGUGAACAGGCUACUCUGUCUUUCCAGCCACUUCAGAAGUGUGUCUUAAAAGGCCUGCAACUCAAAAUCAAGAUCAGCUAUGGCCCGACGUUUAUGUGCAGCAUCAUAGGCAGUGGCGUGAGUCCAGCCAUCGAUUUCUCCUUCACCAGCUACAACUUUGGGACCUGCUUCAUCUACCAACCAGGAAUGCCCUCUUACAAACAAAUUCUGGUCAUCACCAACAAGGAAGAUACACCUAUGAGCAUAGAUUGUUUAUACACCAACACCAGCCACCUUGAGGUCAGCUUCCGUGCUGAUGUGAUAAAGCCAGGAAAGACACUGGAGAUUCCAAUCACAUUUUAUCCUCGAGAAAGUAUCAACUACCAAGAACUCAUCCCCUUUGAAAUCAAUGCACUAUCUCAGCAAACAGUCGAAAUCAAAGGAAAAGGCACUGAAAUGAAGAUAUCAGUCCUAGAUCCACCCAAUAAGAUUGUGAAGUUAGGCGCUCUCCUGCCAGGGCAGGCUGUGAAGAAAACUGUUUGCAUCAUGAACAAUAGCCUUGCACAGCUCACAUUUAACCAGUCUUCACUGUUCUCCACUCCAGAACUCCAGGAACCCACGGUCAUCACCUUUGAGCCCUUCCAAAACAUCACCCUGAAGCCCAAAGAGGUCUGUAAAGUGGAAGUCACCUUCGCCCCAAAGAAGCGCAUCCCUCCCUUCUCCGAGGAAGUGUUCAUGGAAUGCAUGGGCCUCCUGCGCCCCCUCUUCCUCCUUAGUGGCUGCUGCCAGGCCCUGGAGAUCUCCCUGGACCAGGAUAACCUUCCCUUUGGACCAGUCGUGUAUCAGGCACAAGCCACGCGCCGCAUCCUCAUGUUGAACACAGGCGACAUGGGUGCAAGUUUCAAAUGGGAUAUCAAAAAAUUCGAACCUCAUUUCUCGAUCAGCCCGGAUGAAGGCUACAUCACCGCUGGCAUGGAGGUUCCUCUCGAAGUGACCUACCAUCCCACAGAGGUGGGAAAGGAGACUUUGUGUAAAAACAUCCCCUGCUUCAUCCAGGGGGGCAGUCCUCUGAGCCUCACCCUGUCCGGUGUCUGCGUAGGACCACCUGCCGCUAAAGAGGUGGUGAAUUUCACCUGCCAGGUGCGCUCCAAGCACACGCAGACCAUCCUGCUCUCAAACCGCACCAACCAGACCUGGAAUCUGCACCCCAUCUUUGAGGGCGAGCACUGGGAAGGGCCUGAGUUUGUCACGCUGGAGGCCCAUCAGCAAAAUAAGCCUUAUGAGAUCACCUACAGACCCCGCACCAUGAACUUGGAGAACCGCAAGCACCAGGGCACCCUCUUCUUCCCGCUCCCAGAUGGGACUGGCUGGCUUUAUGCUUUGCAUGGGAUGGCUGAACUCCCCAAAGCUGUAGCCAAUAUCUACCAUGAGGUGCCAUGUAAGACACCCUACACGGAGCUUCUGCCAAUCACCAACUGGCUGAAUAAGCCCCAGAGAUUCCGUGUCACUGUGGAAAUGUUGAAACCAGAGAGGCAAGAUCUAAGCAUCACUAUGAAGGGCCUUGAUUACAUUGAUGUGCUUUCUGGCUCCAAGAAAGAUUAUAAACUGAACUUCUUUUCCCAUAAGGAGGGAAUCUAUACUGCAAAGGUGACCUUCCGAAACGAGGCGACCGGUGAGUUCCUGUUCUACACGGUGAGUUUCAAGGUCACCCCUUCAGGCACCAUCAAAACCAUCAAGAUGACAACCCCUGUCCGGCAGAGUACGUCAGCCUCCAUUAAGCUGGAGAACCCCCUACCCUACUCGGUGACCUUCUCCACGGAAUGCAAGUUGUCUGACAUCAGCCUGCCCUCCCAGUUUGCUGUGCCUGCCAACUCCGAGGGUACAUUCUCAUUUGAAUUCCAGCCCCUGAAAGCUGGUGAAACCUUAGGGAAACUAACUUUGUACAACAGUGAUUUAGGUUACUACCAGUAUGAGCUCAAUUUGAAGGCUGUGCCGGCGCCUCCUGAAAAGCCCAUCCGCUUCCAGACUGUUCUUGGCAGCAGCCAAAGUAUCGUUGCAAAGUUCACCAAUUACACGCGGCAGAAGACAGAGUACUUCUCCAAGACAGACUGUCAGGACUUCCACACAGAAAAAGUCAUCAGCGCACCCCCAGGAGCCCAGGGAGGCACUGAAGUGGGCGUGGAAGUCUUCUUUGAGCCCAGCCACCUGGGUGAGACCAAGGGCACCCUGACCCUGACAUCGAUUCUAGGUGGGGAAUAUACCAUCCCCCUCUUCGGAAUGGCUCUACCCCCCAAGCCCCAGGGCCCCUUCGUGAUCAGAGCCGGGUACAACAUAGUCAUCCCCUUCAAGAACAUCUUCCUGCAAACGGCCAGCUUCUCCUUCUUUGUGGAUAACCCAGCCUUCACCAUCCGUGCUGCGGAGACUGUGCGGCCCAGGAAGGCCAACAACAUCACCGUCUCCUUCGAAGGAAACCCAUCCGGCAGCAAAACCCCCAUCACCACAAGGCUGACUGUAACCUGCCCUACCCGUGAAGGCAGCGAAGCAGGGAUUAAAUGGGUUUAUUACCUGAAGGGAAUCACUCCUUAGUGCAAAGCUGGGUUACCUGCACCUACUAAAAACCACCUCCUCGGCUCAAGAGCCACGCCUCAUCCCAGCCUGAUAAAGAAUAAAGUAGAACAUAGGAAUUCUAAAGGGACGACACCCUCACUUAAUCAUCAGGGCAGUUACUGCUAUAUAUUCUUAAAACUGCUAUAAAUUAUUGAUUUCAUAUUAAGCGUUAGAGCUACAUGCAACAGAUCUUUAUCUGAGAUAAUUCAAUCCAUGCAAGCUCCUGAAUUUUAUUUCUCGAUCUAUCUCCUAGCUCAAGCACUGUGUAAUGAUAUCUUUUUUUUAAACAAAGAUACAGGUAUCAGACUCGUGACCUUCUCCACACAACUCGUAGCAGGGCCGGCCUCCAGGGCGCUGCAAUUUCCUUGUAAAAUCUAAAGGCCCCGUAGGUAUGAGAUUAUUUUGAUGUGAUACAUUAUUCUACUUUCACAUAAAAGCCAAAGAAAUAACUAUUUUCAAAGCAAUGAACAGAAAACAUUAGGUCAACCAAGAGACUUACAUUCUCUUUACUUAUUAGCCUGGAACCUCUUAUCUGUUGCUUGCAGAAAUUUACCUCUGGCAGCUAUAGAGACCCCAGCCCCAGGCACAGCAGCUGACUGGGGAGCAGUGGUCCCCUAGCUGUCUGCAUGUCAUCUCAUUUAAUUCUCACUCAGAAGCCACCUCUCCCCAAAUUCCAAAUUAAUUAGUCUGGGGUAGGGCAUGGGCAUCUCUUUCUGUGUGUAAUUUGUACUUCAGGGUUGCAAACUCGGUCACAGAGCAAACACACACCGGGUUGUUUGUGCUGCAUUUGAAUCAGGAAUCCCAUCCAGGGGAAGGACCAUGUUCUGUUUGAUGUGUUGAAAUUGCAGCUAUUUUGGGUACACAGUACCUUUCCUGAGCACCACUCUGGAACUUCCUCCUCCAAGGGGCCAUGAGGUACCUGUACCAUCCAGAAUCCUGGCUGCCUUUUCCCUGGGUCUCACGGCACGUAUUCAAGGGACCAUUUUACCUGUUGGUGCCUAGUGUUGGAAUAAAGAUUGUUAAAGACUG